UUUUUUUUGAAAGAUAUUGACGAAUGCGAAACAUACUCCGACAAAUGUCACGUAAAUGCUCUUUGUAACAACACGCACGGAUCACACGUUUGCACAUGCAAACCUGGAUACACUGGAGAUGGACGCAACUGUACAGGUAAAGUUAAUAAUCUCAAAAGUCUUCAUAUUCGUUUUGACUAUUACAAUGAAUUUCUGUUUGUUGUCGUUGUUUUUAUUGUUUUUUUUAAAGCACGUAAGAAGCGGCUAGAGCACCAACGAAGUGUAGAGAGAAACACCAGACGUAGUCGAGAAGCAUAUGCGUCUCUACUCAUGUUAUGAUAGCGUUAAUCAAGACGCUUGGCAUGUUUUGAAACCUUAAUUUGGUUCUUCUGUUACUACUUCGCUCAUUCCAAAAUUUCACUUUCAAUUAGUAAAACAGAGCUAGAGAGGAGUUCGAGAAAUGGUUGGACAGAGUAUAAUUUGGAAGAUGGCCUGACAGUUUUGGCUCAGCCCUAUGUUUUCAGUACUCUGAUAGAGCACGCUUUUUCGACCGAUGACAGCGCGCGUUAUAUCCGAACUUUAUCAUACUUAGCAUUGGAUUAUUUGUAUUACACCGCAUUAAAUUAUGUUACGGACCCAUUAAAUAGUGCUUCGUUGUAGUAAAUGAAAAUCGUUGAUGCUUUUUGUGUCUUUCUGCCUUUUGAUGGACGUUGCAAUAAUAAUAGACGACGGCGUGAAACAAAAUCGCAAGUUUUACUUUUAACCUUAGAGCUAGAAGUUGUGAAAUUUCGUAAUUGAGUUAAAAUACAAAAUGAAGAUGAAAAAAAAAGUCAAACUUGUAUACUUGAAAAAUUGAAAUAUUGCGAGGUGCUGUCUGAAAAAAAAGAAAACAAAUUUAACCUCACAUGUAACUAAAAUGAGUGCCCCAUAAUAAGAACUAGAACAUAUUUUUUUAAUCGUAUCUCACCAUCAGGAUGGCAGACGUUUACUUUUUGUCGCUUCAGGUUGUCGUUGAGCGGUGAUAUAUCCCCUUUAAAACAGUCAGUGAAUCGGUGAUCAAAAUUCGCGGGUGACACUGUACUCUCUAGUGUCAUAGAAAUUUGCAAUGAUGCCCGCUCAGAGACUUUUGGUAGUAAAAAAUUUUUGAAAUUGUUAGAUUGAAUGUGACACCAAAUAAACCGAUGAGCACCCAUUGGGAAAAAAUUGUUCUUGUGCAACAACACAUUUUGCAUUAAAUAUCUUAUCUUGCAUUGUGACGCACCAUGUAUUCCCAGACAUUGACGAGUACAAACUGGAUCUCUGUAAUCAAUGACAAGAUACAAUUAUUUCUUCUAACGAUGACAAUUUUUUUUGAUAAGUAGAACCUGAGAUUGUUUUCAUUGCAUUACUAGUCAGAUGGAUUAGUCGUUGAAUUUUAAUUACAUCACGUCGUUGUUGUCCGUUUUUUUUUGGGAAACAUUUUGCUCUCUUUAUCAUAAACAUCGAUGUUCAAAGAGUACGAGUACGAAAUUUUGUGACAGUUAGUUUUCUGUAUCUCCUUGAGACAUUCUUUGUCGCUUGAUUUUGAGGUGAUAUGUAUGUUCUCUUACAGACAUUGACGAAUGCAGUAAAGCUCAUACCGUUAAAAUGAACGAUUGCGAUCCGAAUGCCUCUUGCACUAAUACUCAGGGCUCAUACAUCUGUUCCUGUAAAUCUAAAUACAUCGGAAAUGGUUUAAACUGUGAAGGUACGUUUGGUAUCUACUAUGCCAUAAAAUUAAUUAUGGCGCCUGUAGAUUAGACUCGAUCUAAAUCGUUUCUACUCAGGUGGUCAUCAGCAACCAUAAUGCUGUGUGGUCAUAUGUAAACUAAAUUAACUGCAACUUUAGUUUGCCGAAAGCUGUCCUUUAAUGUGUUGAUGAUAAAAGAGGAAACACGAAUUCAGAUACUGCUAUCCGUAGGUAAUAAAUUUUGCUUCCCGUAAUGAUUUUUUAGCUUCAUGGUUUAAAAAUGUCUCACGCAAGUAUUACUUGACCUCUAACUUAAAAAUAUGUUAAACCAUUGAUUUUAAUAACCUAACUCCUUUCGUAUUUAUAAUAUCACUUUGUAGCGGAUCCUUGCUAUUAUUAUAAAAACCUGAGUGAAGCCAAUAGAAAGGAAAGUUACAAAACACCUUACGGUUCAGAGUUGUGUGACAAACAGCUCCCUGAGGGAUGGUAUCGUUUUGUGGGAGCUGCUGGAACAAAAAUGCCAACAACAAGGGUGUCAGACUACAGAUGUGGUGCAGUCCACCCUGGCUGGUUGGAUGAUACCCAUCCUACAGUGGAAGAUGGUGAAGCUUCCAAAAAGGUCUGCUUUAGUGACAGAAAUGGUAAUAAAUGCAGAGAAAUCAAAAACAUUUCUGUAAAGAACUGUGGAUCCUACUUUAUUUACAACCUUAUCAGGCCACUUAAAUGUCAGAUGCGUUACUGUGGUACAGACUGA